GGAGCGCAGGCCGAGCCGCGUGUGUACCCAGCGGCCGCGGACUUGGGCGUAGGCCUUCGGGUCGCCGCCGCCCUCCAGGCGUGGCGCCGGCUCGGACUCCAAGCGGCAGAGAGCCUCAUGCACAGCAGCCUCCGGACGCGGCCGCGCAGGACCGAAAGAGAACACCGUUCUUCCUGGCACGUGAGGAAGCAGAGUUUCUGUCUGUGUGGGAUGGUCCCUUCCGCACCGGUACCGGGGAGCGGGGAAGCGUGUAGACCGCAGCACUGAGAGCAGCGUGCCAUCUGUCCGCAGGUGGUCAGGAUGGGCCCCAUGGGCAGACAGGGCCCGUCCUCCCUGCCGGUCCCCACGGGAGGCUCUUGCCUCCUGCUUCUCUUCUGCCUGCGGUUGGGCGCCUCUUGCCCGCAGAGCUGCCAGUGCCCUGACCAUGCCGGGGCCGUGGCCGUCCAUUGCAGUGGGAGGGGCCUGCAGGAGAUCCCCAAGGACAUCCCCACUGACGCUGUGCUCCUGAAGCUUGAUGCCAACAAGAUCGCCCGCAUCCCCAACGGAGCCUUCCAGCACCUGAACCAGCUGAAAGAGCUGGACUUGUCUCAGAACGCCAUCGAGACCAUCGGCCCCGCCGCCUUCUCGGGCCUGGCCGGGGGCCUGCGGCUGCUGGACCUGUCUCACAAUCACAUCCGCAGGAUUCCUAAGGACGCGCUGGGCAAGCUCAGCGCCAAGAUACGCCUGUCCCACAACCCCCUGCACUGCGAGUGCGCCCUGCAGGAGGCCCUGUGGGAGCUGAAGCUGGACCCUGACUCGGUGGACGAGAUCGCCUGCCACACCGCGGUGCAGGAGGAGUACGUGGGGAAGCCGCUCAUCCAGGCCCUCGACUCUGGCGUCAGCUUCUGCAGCGUCCACCACAAGACCACCGAUGUGGCCAUGCUGCUCACCAUGUUCGGCUGGUUCGCCAUGGUGAUCACCUACGUCGUGUACUACGUGCGCCAGAACCAGGAGGACGCCAGGAGGCAUCUGGAGUACCUGAAGUCCCUGCCCAGCACUCCUGUGUCCAAGGACCCCAUCAGCCCUGCGCCCUAGCGCCCGAUGGCUCGAGCAGGCCGAGGCCCACCUGUCUCCCGUCACUCUUGUAGUAGAUGGUGACUGAGUCCCGCCUUCGAUGUUCCCCCGGGGAGGGUGACACGGCUGCUUCUGUCCAGUGUUUCACUCUGACAGAGCACUUUCCACAGGACACCUUCAGGUCAGGCAGUUCUGCCAUCAGACCCAAUGACAGAUGGGGACAUGGGCUCAGAGAAAUGGAAGUGAUCCAGCUGGGAUGUAAAACCGGGCCGUCCAUCCUGAGACGUCCCUUCCGCGCUGGGAGCCUGCCCCGCGGGGCGCCCGCCUCUGAGCCCCCAGCAUUCAGAGGAGAAAGGGUGCGUGCCCAUGAGUGAGGCUCCCCGAGGAGGUUGGGUGCAUUUUGUUGGUUGUAGGCACAGGUCGUCCUGCCCCGUGGAACUGGUUUGCCUUUGCUUCCCCAGUAUUUCCUGAACACCUCUAACCACCGGGCUCUUUCCAUAGCCAAGUGGUAGAGACCGGAUUUUUCUCGGGAGAUAAGUGGAACAUGUAACCUUUGAACAACUCUGUCAACUUUGUUUAUUCUCAGAAUGUUUGUUAAGAGUAACACUUGUACCAAAAUUUCAGUCCAGUGAGAAGGGGAAAAAAAAAAAAUAACAACCCAAAACCAAAAAAAUUAAACCAUGGAGAGAAACCUGAGGAUGGUCCAUAGUAGCUCCUCAGGGGGCCGUGUUAGCAGCCUGAGAAGUGUGGCCGGUCCCCGAUUCCUGCUCCUGCGGCUGUGGCCCGCCCCAGGGAGCCUGUCAUCUUGGGUCGCUCCAUGCCUUGCUUUUCUACUCACUAAGCAGCUCCUUUGCAAUGGAUGGGAGGACCGACCUCUGUUUCAGGGCUGUUGGACAGGUUGCUUCGUUUCCUCCAGUGACGGGGACUCUGUCUCCUUUUCAGCUUUGCUGACAGGACUCUCAGUGCUACGUUACUGCUCAGUUUUCUUACCUAAUUCAUGUUCAGGGUAGACUUUACCUCCACCUGUGUAACCCUGAUCUGUCUUUCCAGUUUUAUUUUUCAUGGUC